AUGCUCGAAUUUGUUCUUAGUCAACCUAAUGUAUUUUUAGGUGACGAAUUGAUCAACGAUCGAGAGGCAGAGGUUCAAGAACCUACAUUAGAAUCGUCAGAGAUGCCGGAAGCAAUGACUGAGGCCAUCAUAGAAACUGAAACCAGCAGUGAACAGGCAGGUUCAAGUCGACAGGAUGACGUCACUACGGUCGACGAGUUAGAUCCAGAUCUGUUAUCCGCCCUUGGUGAAUCAACAUCUGACUCCCCGGAAUUUGGUGAAAGUAUUCACGAAAAUUUAUCUAAGUUAUGGGUCCCCUUGUUGAAAAAAGGGAUACCAACCGACAAAAAAGAUAAAAUCUUAAAAGAUUAUUUAGUUCCUGAUAAUUGCAAAUUAUUGCAAGCACCAAAGCUUAACGCUGAGAUAUCUGCCGCGGUGCCAGACAUGGUCCGCAACCGCGACAAAACAAUCACCGCUUCGCAGCAACAGCUCGGCUUAGGCAUCACCGCUGUGAAUCGUGCUAUCGAUAUUCUUUUAAAAUCCGACGAUAAGGUUCAAGCAAUGAAACACCUCAGUAAUGGGUGCCGCAUAUUAUGUGACUCACAUAACCAAAUUACUAACAAUCGCAUAAAACUUAUUACUCCCAGCUUAGACAAAUCUUUUUUGCACGUGAUAAACGAGUCCGAAAGAGAUGAAACACUAUUUGGCUCGUCACUUUCGGAAAAAAUUAAAGCGACUAAGGCUAUUGAAAAACAGGGUCUCCAAAUUAAGAAACCGGUUCAAAAACCUAAACCACCCGCUACACAGGCUACUACGCGCCCAGCGUCUUACCAGGGAAACUGGGCAGCGCCCCCUCGGUAUCCGCCGGCGAACAGGGGGGGGCGGGGAACCUACAAGAAACCUGCACUAACGUCGAUCGCCCGUCGUCCCUACUCAGCACCGGCUCAACCUCAACGAGCAACCAAUUCCGAGAAAUCACGUGCACCGGCGCCAAGUCACCGCUAGCCCAG